UAGAGAGGAGGACGGGCAGAUGGAGGUCUGCAGGAAGGAGAACAUGUGAUGUGGCUCCUCACACACACAGGCAGGACGCACACACACACACUCCUCUGCAGCGGGAAAACACGAAGUUUCACGAAGUUUUUACACAAAGAAAAUAGAAAAAGUUUGAGAUGUCGGAGCCGCAGCAGAAGAUUUCUGAUGAGAAAUCAGGAAAAGGAGGAGCAGCUCCAACCGGAGGGAAUCCUGACAAGAGUAAAGAGGAUUUCGACCUGGCCUCGGUCUACGUGUCGGACGCUCAGUUCAACAGGAACAUCUUCUUCGACACGUCGCCUCAGGCUGUCAGGUUGUAUCUCCUCUACAAUCAUUGGGUUCUUCAGGUUCUCCUCUUCUUCUUCAUUCUGGUCGAUCUGUCCCUCGCCAUCUUCGAGGAGCCGGCCGUCGUUCCUCUGCCUCUCUGGGUGACCAUGUUGGUCGAGCUGCUCUGUCUGCUCGCCUUCACCGUCCGACUCGUUCACUACGCCAAAGUGAUCCCCCGAGACAAGUUCUGGAAAGACCCCAAAAACAUCUGCAUCAUUGCCAUCCUCAUGCUUACUCUGGUCGACAUCAUCAUCUACGGAGCGCUGAAAGCUGCUAGCUGUUAUGGCGUCCGCUGGUCCAGAGUCCUGCGCCCGCUGCUAUUGGUCAACGUCACAGAGGGGCGGCAGCUCCGCAGAGCGUUCAGAAGCAUCCGGAACGCUCUGCCUCAGAUCUUCUACGUCUUCCUGCUCUUCAUGUUCAGCGUCCUCAUCUUCUCCCUCAUGGCACUCAAACUGCUCGGAAAACGAGGUCUGAAGACGACAGACGGAGCUCCGUACUUCACUAACUACAUCGAGAUCGUCUUUGACCUUUACGUCCUCGUCACAACGGCCAACAGUCCUGACGUCAUGAUGCCAGCGUACAACGCCAGCUACUUCUAUGCUAUCUUCUUCAUCCUCUACAUCCUCAUCAACACCUACAUCUUCAUGUCUGUGUUCCUUGCCGUUGUCUACAACAACUACAAGAAGUACCUGAAGGAGGAGGUACGGCAGCUGGUCAGGACUAAAAGGCACAAGAUGGUGCGAGCGUUCGCAGUGCUGCAGGAGCAGAGACAGGAGGGGGCGGAGCCUGUAGUCAGCCAGGCGAACUGGAAUCAGGUGGUUAGACUGGUCCAUCCUGACAUCAGCAACGCCCACCGAGAGCUGCUGUGGAGCGUCUCAGACCACAAGAGCCAGGGCUGCAUCGGUAGGGUGGCAUUCGUCCAGCUGGCCGACCUGCUGAACAUUGAGGUGAUCACGCUGAAGUCCAGGCCACACCCCUUCCGUAGCCUGUGCCCCGCCCUUUACCUGUCAGCACCCAGCCGCCUCAUCUGCUGGCUCGUCCAACACAGGGCGUUUGUCAUCGUGUACGACCUAAUCAUCCUGGUGAACGCCGUGUUCAUCGGUCUGGACGAGGAAAACCCAAUGAUCGCCAACUCAGAGUGGGGGUUCCUGUCUCUGUACCUGCUGGAGAUCCUGCUGAAGCUGUACGUGUUCGAGCCCCGAGCGUUUUUCUCCAGACACAACUUCUGGAACUGGUUCGACACAAUCAUUGUUGUCUCCGCUCUCAUCGCUACAAUCAUCAACUCUGCCAUUAAGUCAUCGGGGGGAUACAGCAGCCGUCAGAUCCUCGACAUUGUCUUCAUCCUGAGAGUCCUCAGACUGAUCCGGGUGGUCGACAGCAUCAAAAGGUUUCGUACGAUCAUCAACACGCUGAUCAGGAUCGGACCGGCCAUCCUCACAUUCGGACAGCUCAUCAUUGUGGUGUACUACAUCUUUGCCAUGGUGGGGAUGGAGCUGUUCAAAGGGAAGGUGAAGUAUUAUGAGGACACCAGCGACCCGGCCAGUGAAUACUGUGGAAACCUUCUGCUGAAAGGAACGCCCUUCGCACAUCUCAACUACUGCAAGAACAACUUCAACAGCGUGGUGUCCUCCUUCAUCCUGCUGGUGGAGCUCACUGUGGUCAACCAGUGGCAUGUGCUCAGCAGCGGCUUCACCACCGUCACCCACGUGUCAGCCCGGAUCUUCUUCAUCUUCUUUCACAUCAUGGUCGUCAUCGUCAUCAUCAACAUCUUUGUGGCGUUUGUCCUGGAGGCAUUCUUCGUGGAGUACUCGGUGGAGAAGAGCGACCUGCAGACUUCUCUGGAGAAGAAAAUCAAGGAACUGGAGCUCGCUGUUGCAGAGGAGAGGUUAGAGGAUAAUUUGGUCAACGCCAUGGAAACCUGUGACAACGACCUGGGAACCGGCCAAUCUGCAAACACCAAACCCACCCUGAUGUUUAAAAUCGCUUCAAGACGAUAUCGGACGGUGGACGCUCUGCUGCAGCGGAUGUUUGAGGCCGAUCUCGACCCCGAAGACUUCGCUGAGACGGACGACCCUGAAGCUCAGAACAACAGAAACUUUGCCAACCCCACGUUCAGCUCUGUGUAGACUUUAAUGUAAAAUAUAUAUAAAGGGAACCAGAUUCUAUCAUUUAUGUACAUUUUUAUACUCCUCUCAAAUCGGAUGUUAAUCCAGUGCAGUGUGUCAACAGUCAUAUCUAGUGUUAUAUUUUUAUAUUUCUGUCCAGUUGCUCUGUGUUGAAACAGAAAAUCAGUAUUUUUCACAUAAAGAUUAUUUGCACGUGUCAUCUCUGAGAGUUGUAAUGUCACACUGCUGCUGUGUUUCAGGUUUAUAUAAACGCUGUAAAUCUGCUCUAUUAAAAUCAUUCUUAAUGAGCAGUGAAUGAAAAGAGAACUCAAAGUGAAGAUCUUGAAGGAUACAGCCAUCAUGCCUCCUGGUCUCAAAGACAGGACAUGAAUGUUUUGUGUCACAGUGAGCCCUGAGUGAGAUCUGUCGCAUUCCAUGAUCUUAUUUCAAAGAAAAAUAAGACUACAGUGAGCUCUCAGGUUGUCUUAAAAUGAAGGUCAAAGCGACUGUAAAUUGUGUUUACAAUAGACAUCACCUGGGCCUAUGUCUUCUACUACUUAGAGAAUAAUGUACAAGACAGAGUUAUUUCACACACAAUUCAUAUCUUUCAAAAAAUAGACCACUUACAUUGAAAGUCUAUAUAUAUAUAUAUUUUUUUUAAAUAAAACAUUUGAAAAACUAA